ACUUAUUGUUAUUUAUAUGUAUAUUAUCGCCUAUAAACUUAUUAUUUUUGCAACGAAUUUGUGAUUUCGUAAACUGUUAACAUGGAAGAUUCCCUUGAGGACUACCUUCGUUUAUCACAAAAUGUUAGGAAAAACGAGCAAAUUGACCAGCGAGAAAAAAUAAAAAGUACUCUAAUAACACUACAAAAAAAGAAGGAGUCUGAGACAAGAGCUAUGAAAAUUGUGGAAUUUAUGAUUGAAGGAAGACUAAGAAUAGAAACGUUUCUCCAUUGUUUGCUUUAUAUAAAUCAAGAUUAUUAUCAGGAUAUUGUGGAAGAAAGGGCAUUAAAUAAGGUCUGUGGAUAUGCUAUAUGUUCUGAAAAAAUACCAGAAAUGCCUAAAAAACAGUUUCACAUUUCAUUCAAAGCCAAUAAAGUGUAUGAUAUAACAGACAGAAAAAAUUAUUGUAGCAAUUUUUGUUAUAAGGCAAGUUUACACAUUAAAAAACAAAUUGAAGUAAGUCCUUUGUGGCUACGAUCUUAUGAUAAUCUGCCUGACUUUUGUAUUUAA